AUGUUAAGUGAAAAAGAAAAUGUUAGCGAAACUAGCAAGGCAAAAGAGGAACAAGUCGUUAACGAAUCUCCUUCUGAACAUCAAGCUGUAAAUCCAAAUCCUAUGAGUAUGAUGCAAACGCUAAUGGAAAAACUGACGAGUUCUCUUCCUGAAUUUGGUGGUACUACUACAGAGAGUGCUGACGAAUGGUUGAAUUAUAUUGAAUUGACUCGAAAUCAACAGAGACUAGCUGAGACCCAAGUUCUUCCGCUAGCCAUCAGCAAACUGAGAGGAACAGCGAAAAACUGGCAUAAAGCAAUUGGUUACCAGCUUAACAAUUGGACUGAAUGGAAGACAAGCUUAAAAAGCGAAUUUGGUAAAAGACUGACAUUGAGAAUGUGGUGUGACAGAGUGAAAGAAAGAGAACAAAGACAAGAUGAAAGUCUCACAGAUUAUUUCUAUGCUAAGCUGUGUUUGUUGCGUACCAACUGUCCUGUAAAUGUUACUGAAGUUGACGAAAUUGAUUAUUUGCUGGAUGGAAUAAAAAAUAAACAAUACACAAUUACUAUUGCUACUCAUGAUGUACACAGUAUUGCUGAACUACAGCGUAUAGCACGCAAGAUAGAUGAGCAAGAGACUGAGGCCAGGAUGCAUAUGAAGACUCAAGUUCAACAACCUCACAAGUUCUCAAAUAAUACGAAUGCUCUAGUAAAGGAUCCAGCUAUUGCAGUUGAUUUUAUUAAACGUACAGACGAGAAGUCGAUAAGAAGAAACCCCAAGUGGAAUGCUCAGAUGCCUUUACAAAUGACCCGAUGUUACAAAUGUCAACAGUUAGGACAUCUAGCCAAGACCUGUCCAAAUGAAAAUAUUGCACAGACCAAUGAAUAUAAAGCUGAAAGAGGAGGCUCAAAAGAGAUUAAAGACAGUAAGAAACAAAAACAAAAGAGCAAUGCUUUAAACAUCAAUGCUAACGCUUCUAAAGUUCAUAGCCCAUAUAUUAAUGUUGAAGUGUCAAUGAUAGGAAAGAUAAGAGCCCUUGUUGAUACAGGUUCAUGUCGUACAAUAAUUCGUCGGGAUCAAUUACCUGAUGGUAUAAGGAUGUUAGAUGACAACACCACAGAGUCUACUGGUAUUGACAUGACAAAGGUGAAACCAAUUAGAUUUGUUGAUCUACCUAUUCGGUUGCAAGGCCAAGUCACCACAGUGAAAACGGCCGUGUUCGAGAACAACCCAGUUCCUUUGACUUUGGGAAUAGAUUGGAUUAGCCAAGCUGGAGUGAAAGUGAUAUUGAAGAAAGAUAAGUGUGAAAUAGUCACAAGAGAUGGUAAUGUGAUUCCAGCACAACCUCCCAUUGAAGAAGCAAUACAAGAAUCAUGCUUGUUACUUCCUAGUGCUGUAGCAAUACAUACAACGGAGAGAAUGUGA